AUGCCCUACAAGGUUGCUGUUCUUACAGCAGCCGCGGAUGCGAGCGCGGAUAAGUCAGGUCCACUGCUUCGAGAUAUCCUCGCUAGCCAGGGCGGGGACUUCAACAUCGCUAAGUCUUCGAUCGUGCCGGAUGACAAAGAACAAAUAUCCAAUAUUGUCAAGGAAUGGUGUAGUAGCGGACAGAUCGAUUGGAUCGUGACCACCGGAGGGACGGGCUUUGGAGUUCGCGACUGCACACCUGAGGCAAUCGCGCCUCUCAUCGAGCGCCAUGCACCGGGUCUGGCCCACGCUAUGAUGGCGCAUUCUCUUACGCAAACUGCGCUUGCGGCACUCGCACGACCAGUUGCGGGUACGAUCGACAAGACAUUUAUUGUCACUCUUCCCGGAAGUUCGAAAGCCGUCAAGGAGAACAUGGAUGUCCUUUUGGGGAAUGGUCUGGUGUUGCAUGCUUUGGACUUGAUCGCAGGAGGAAGCGGGAAAACGGUGCAUGCUGGGAUGGGGACAGGACAUGCGUCCACAUCAACUCAACCGACCGAUUCUGUGCAGGUCCAUCAUCACCAUCAUCAUCACCACGAGCAUGUAUCUCAAAAUCACACUCAUCAUGUUCCCAUACCAAGAACACUGCUCAGCCAUGAUCCAACACAGCCAGUCUCACUGCGACACCGGGAAUCGCGAUAUCCACUUCUAGAUUUGGAUGCUGCCAUCGAUCUUGUGAUUAAACACUCGAGGCUAUUGGAAAUUGUUGAGAAACCGUUUAGCGUGGCUCUCUCUGGCCAUGUACUUGCAGAAGAUGUUUACGCUCCACAGGAUGUCCCAAACACACGAACCACAAACGUGGAUGGCUACGCCGUCCGAGCGUCUGACGAGCCUGGUAUAUAUCGCGUUUUGUCGCCUCUGCUGGUUCCUCGCAACAAGAACGUACCAAACGGGUACAUAUAUCGGAUAAAUACGGGUUCGCCGUUACCCCCGAAUAUGGAUGCGGUGAUAAUGGUGGAAGAUACGAAGCUGAUCUCCUCUGUCGAGAGUGACGGCGACGAUAAUGGAGAAGAGGUUGAGGUCGAGACACUCGCCAAGAUGGAGGUGGGCGAAAACACACGAGCACCAGGCUCUGAUGUCAAGAAAGGUGCCCUUGUCCUUCAAAAGGGGUUAGUACUAAAAAGCGGGGGAGGCGAGCUCGGAACCGUCGCUUUCGUUGGUCAGAAGAAGGUACUAUUUCUUAUGGCGUCUGCAACGCUGUACCCAUCAAUUGUCCAGGUGCAAGUCAUCCGCAAACCAGUCGUUGCCAUCCUGUCGACCGGCAAUGAGAUCGCGGAUGUCUCGGGCAUCGGACCUGGAACUGACGGCGAAGAUUGGACAGGAAUUUGGGACACCAACCGUCCAAGCCUUCAAGCAUUGUUACAAGGCAUGGGAUAUGAUGUGGUGGAUCUCGGCAUUGUGAAGGAUGACAUCAAGUCACAUGUAGACGCUCUAACGGAAGGUCUUCUUUCUGCAGAUAUCAUUAUCACAACCGGUGGUACUUCUAUGGGCUCCACAGACCUAUUGAAGCCAGUGAUUGAGCGUUAUUUGAAUGGAACAAUCCGUUUCGGACGGGUGAAGGUCAAACCUGGCAAACCUACAACUUUCGCCACUUUGGAACACCACGGGAAAACGAAGUCGAUUUUUGCCCUUCCUGGAAAUCCAGCUUCGGCUUUGGUGUGUUUCUACAUUUUUGUCGUACCAGCAUUGCGAACAAUGGGUGGCUGGCCUGCAAGUGAGCGCAAGUUGCCUACCGUUACUGUUACUCUACAAGAUCCAUGUCCGAGAGAUCCGAGGCCGGAGUACCACCGAGUGCACGUGCAUGCAACUUCGGACGGUCUCAAUGCAUUCUCUACAGGAGGGCAGCGCUCCAGUCGAGUCGCCAGCUUGAGUGGGGCAAAUGGGCUGGUCUACGUCCCACCCGGGACGAAAGAAGAUCAUGCUCCUCUUCCGACAGGAAGCAAGGCUCGAGCCGUGUUAAUCGGGGAGUUGUACAAUUAA